GGUUAAGUGAAUAAAAUUUGUUAAUCUCAUUUCAAGGUCAAUAUCUUAAAAUUAAAAUCAAGGGAAGAGAUCCUAUUUGAAAAAAGCUCCUUGUACACGCUUAUUUGCACAUGCCUGCAGCUCUAUGGUCUGGUCUGUGCUGCAGGCCCUGUGCAAAAUGAACUUGUGCAGGUAGCACAGCCGAUCCUAUUUUCCAUCCAUGUACCAAUUUUUAUUCCAAGAUGCAAUGCAAGACUGGACCAGGAUGAGGUGCUUGCCAUCCUUUGUGAGAGUGAAUUUUCGAGCCAGAGUCCAAGCAAGAGCCAACGCUUAUCUUGGAUCUGAAUUUCCCACCAAUAACAAAACACUUGCACGAGUCAGAAUUCAAACGUGGCCCAAAUUCUCCAAUAGAAAAACGGCAAACCCACGAAUCCGCAGCUUGUCUGGUCUUUUUUCAUUGUCCCUUGUGCGAGCAAAGAUGAAAUCGACCAUUGACCCUGAGAUUUAGAGCUCACUACCCCUUCUGUCUCUCAAUUCAUUUCGUUGACAAAUAUCCAAGAAACCUAUAUCCGUUCUUUCAUCAAUUAUUCCGUAAGUCUCUCUCCCUCCCUCCCUCCCUCCCUUCGAUUUGAUUUUAAAUGUGUAUGUACGUAUAGGGCACUCAUAAAAAUGGAUAGUAAUUAUUCAGCUAUUCCUAAAUAUCAGUACGUUGAAUUACAUGCGAAAGAUGGAUUGGGAUCAAAAAGUACAUCCUUGAGAUUGUCUUCUCCUGAUAAUGAAAAUGGGUAUCUAAAUCUACAAAAUGCUUAUGAUUUAGACGUUGAAGAUGGUGUUGAUUUUGAUGAUUUACCCCUUAUUUUUGGUAAAAGUGAAUCUGGGUCUGGGAUUUAUGGUGCUAUUUUUAAUCUCACCACCUCUAUAAUUGGGGCAGGCAUUAUGGCCUUGCCUGCCACAAUGAAGGUUUUGGGCUUGGUUUUAGGUGUAAUUUUGAUAUUCUUGAUGGGUAUUUUGUCAGAGAUAAGUGUUGAGUUGCUUGUUCGAUUUUCAGUCCAAUGUAAUGCAUUGUCGUAUGGGGAGGUUGUUCAGGCUGCAUUGGGGAGGACAGCUAGGAUUUUAUCGGAAAUUUGCAUAAUUGUGAAUAAUGCUGGGGUAUUGGUCGUGUAUUUGAUCAUAAUUGGGGAUGUUAUGUCCGGGUCAAUCCGUCAUGUCGGGGUUGCUGAUCAAUUGUUGGGUCAUGGUGUGUGGGAUCAUAGGAAGCUAGUAAUUCUGGUUGUGAUGGUGCUUUUUCUUGCUCCACUCUGUUCUUUGGAUAAGAUUGAUUCGUUGAGCAUGACAUCUGCUGCUUCUGUAGCACUUGCAGUGCUGUUUGUUUUUGUUGCAUUUGUAAUAGCCACUAUUAAGCUUGUUGAAGGGAAAAUUGAGGCUCCGAGGAUGGCACCGGAUUUUGGUUCCAAGCAGGCUAUUUUGGAUCUGCUAGUGGUGAUUCCUAUCAUGUCAAAUGCUUAUGUUUGUCACUUUAAUGUUCAACCUAUUUAUAAUGAGCUUGAAGGACGGUCACCUCACAAAAUGUACAGAGUGGGGAGGAUGACAACUGUUAUCUGUGUUUUGGUGUAUGCUUCAACUGCCAUAGCAGGCUAUUUACUCUUUGGAAAGGAUACUGAAUCUGAUGUGCUAACUAAUUUUGAUAAGGAUCUUGGAAUUCGUUUCAGCACUGCUUUAAACUACAUUGUCCGCAUUGGAUAUGUUUUCCAUUUGGUUCUUGUGUUCCCUGUUAUUCAUUUCUCCUUAAGACAAACAGUGGAUACCUUGCUCUUUGAAGGACUCAAUCCCCUCUCAGAAAGCAAGAAAAGGUGUAUGGUCCUAACUGUGGUGCUCUUAGGACUUAUAUAUUUGGGCUCCACUAUGAUCCCCAACAUUUGGACUGCAUUUAAGUUUACUGGAGCGACCACAGCUGUUUCCUUGGGUUUCACAUUUCCUUCUCUCAUUGCAUUGAGGCUAAGCAAAGAAGGGAACGGAUUGAGCCACUGGGAGCGAUUCUUGUCUUGGUUGAUGUUGACAUUAGCAAUCAUUGUUAGCCUCGUUGGAGUGAUUGGCAAUAUAUAUAGCAUACAAAGCCAGUCUAAAUGACCCUCUGUACUUCUAGGAUUUGUUGUACAAGGAUAAAAUUUUGUGGGAUAAUAUCAUAGCGAAGAAUGUUUAGAAUUUUCCUUCUUGUCUUUGUUUGCUAUCAUAAAAUAUUAGCACAAGUGAUGCUAUCUGUACCAUAUGUGCCAACUUGUAGUGAUUCUUGUCAGCUAGAUGGAGGAAAGAAAAAAGCCAGAGUCUGGGAAUAUUUUGGAUUACGAUAUCCAUAUGAGCCUCCCACAGUUUACUUUGGCUUUCAGAGAUUGGUUGUCUUGGAAGAGUGCUAAUUGAAAAAUUAGGCUCCACGAAUUGUAAGUUGUUGUUUACUGAUUCAUGUACCAGUCACAUAAAUGGAUGCAUUAUGUUCUCCGAAUUUUUUGAUUUCUAGUUUAAAACUAA